AAUGGUUUAUGGUUUAUAUUUGGGGGAAUCCCGAAGAAAGAAACGAAACACUCUGAGAGAGGAAAGAAAAAACAAGAAAGAAAGAAAGAAAGAAAGAAAGAAAGAGAAGCGCACAGGCACAGGCACAGGCAGGCGUCCCAACAAAAGGGCAAAAAAACAAUAUAGAGAGAAACAACCAACAGCAACACCAAAGGGCAUGAUUUGAGAUGACAGCCCUGCUCAUGCUCAUGCUCAUGCUCAUGCUCUCGCUCUCGCGCGCAACGGCAUUCACUGUUGGUUCCCUGCUGUGAAUACUGACAAACGCUUGGCAUGCGAAACCCAACCAUCAUCAUCAUCAUCAUCAUCAUCAUCAUCAUCAUCUUCUUCAUUGUCUUCUUCCUCACCGAGUCGUGGUGAUUCAUUGGACUAUAUGAAAAAUUUAUUUUCUAGAAGCAUCAUCAACUGCAACGCGACAAGACUCCUCCGUCCAUCGCUCCAAGCGGGGGUUGCCGCCACCUCCGUAUCCACCAUCACCGCCGACUCUGUGGAUAACCAUCACCAUCGUUGCUGUUCUCGGAGUCGGAGGUCUUACCAUCAUCAUCAUCAUCAUUCGAGAAGGAAUGAAGAUGUGCUCGUCAUCAUGGGCGCUACCGGUACCGGCAAGUCUAAGCUCUCCAUCGACAUCUCUUCUAUGUUUUCCGGUGAGGUUGUUAACAGUGAUAAGAUCCAGGUUUAUAAAGGGCUUGACAUCACCACGAAUAAGAUGCCUAUUGCUGAUCGAUGCGGCGUGCCGCAUCAUCUCCUCGGUGAGCUUGACCCUUGCGGCGGGGAACUCCCGCCGGGUGGGUUUCGAUCCCUGGCGAGUUCGUGCAUCGCGGGGAUUGCCGCCCGUGGUCGUCGGCCGGUGCUGGCCGGCGGGUCGAACUCGUACAUUCACGCGUUGCUCGCGGAGCACUAUGAUCCUCGGUCCGACCCGUUUGGGUCCGUCCGGCGAGAGCGGUUCAGGUAUCGGUGCUGUUUUUUAUGGGUUGAUGUCGAUGCGGCGGUGCUUGGCGAGUACCUUGAUCGGCGGGUGGAUGAGAUGAUUGGGGACGGCAUGGUGGACGAGCUGGAGGCGUACUUCGCCGCCGGCGGAGACCGGGAUCACGCUGGGUUGGGGAAGGCUAUUGGGGUCCCUGAAUUCAAGAAGUACUUUGAAAAGGGGAAGAGCGCGGCGGGGUUCGAGAUGGCGGUGGCGGAGAUCAAGGAGAACACGCGGCGGCUAGCCGAGACGCAGGUGAGGAAGAUCAAGCGCUUGGUGGAGCACGGGUGGGCGCUCCGACGGCUGGACGCAAGCGCGGUGAUCGCCGCCAAGCUAUGCGGCGCCGGUAAAGAUAAGCAGGUCGAAGCCUGGGAAAGGGACGUGGUGGGGCCCAGCAUCGAAGCAGUGCGCCACUUCCUCGAUGGCAUCUCCGCCGGCGCCGGCGCCGGCGACGAUGAUGAUGGCGUGCACCACCAACAGUUCCUUCUCCGGCACCGACGUCAACCUCUAAGUUCCGUCAGCUGAGCAUUGCAGCGUUUCGGCAUUGGCCUCUUUCUUA